AUGUUCGUUGUGCAAAUCUUUGUUUAUGGUACUCCGGAAACUAAAUGUUACCUACAAACUAAGCCUAAUAAUCUUGUGAACAAUCUUCUGUCAUCUCCUCCUCUUCCACAAUUAUGCCCUCCUGAACAUAGUUCUGCUUUGAUCCAGUUCAAGAGCAGCCUGUCUUUUCCUAGUUGCUUUGCCUGUGGUGAUUCUUAUCCUAAGACAGAAUUCUGGAGCCAAAGUAGAGACUGUUGCUCCUGGGAGGGUGUCACAUGCCAUAGCAUGACGGGUCACGUGAUUGGCCUUGAUCUCAGUUGUAGUCGACUUAAAGAAAGUCUUCCAUCCAACAGCAGCCUCUUCCUGCUUCAGGAUCUCCGUUGGCCUAACCUUGCUCACCUCGAGUUCACUGGUUCUCAAAUUCCUCCUGAGUUUAGUAAAUUGAGGAGUCUAACCUAUCUCAAUCUUUCUCAUAUAGGCAUCGACUGUUCAGUUACAGAGCAUAUCUCUCCUUUGGCAGAACUGGGUUCACUUGAUCAGUCAUCUCUUCUUUUAAAGCUCGACAACCAUCAUUUUAACAUGCUUGUGCAUAACCUAACAAAUGGUUAUCUCCCUAAAUCAAAUCGGAGUACUUCUCUUAGAUUUUUGCACCUUUCAGGAACAAGUUUCUUAGAGGAGUUACCAGACUCAAUGGGAAAUCUUGAAAACUUGGAAGAACUUGACCUUUCUUUUUGUCAUUUCACAGGGUCAAUCCCUUUAUCUCUUGGAAACCUCACCAAAAUUACUUUCUUACAUUUAAAAUUUAACAAUUUUGAAGGUCAUAUUCCAGAUGUUUUUGGGAACUUCAAGAAACUAAUUAAGUUGUAUUUUUCUUUUAACAAUUUCCAUGGUUUAUUGCCAUCAUCAGCAUUUAACCUCACUAGACUUACUGACAUAGGCUUGAACAAUAACCAUUUAGCGGGACCCCUUCCAGACAACGUAAGUGGACUUUCAAAUCGUCAAAACCUCCUUUAUCUGCAAACUUGCUUAAUGGCAGAGUACCAGAGCAAUUUCCUGGGAAGACUCUUCAGACUCUUGACCUUCACUCAAAUUCACUUCAAGUACCACUUCCAACUCCACCAAUGUCAAUACAUCACCUCUUCAUUUUCAGAAAAUGAAUUGACUGGAGAAAUCCCUUCAGGGUUUUACGAUAUAACUUUCCCUCAAGUCCUCGACUUGUCAAAGAACAACUUGAGUGGGAUCAUUCCAAAAUGUCUUGGAAAUUGUGGUUCCCUGUCUGUUAUGAAUUUACGAAUGAAUAACUUCGAUGGCAAAAUCCCAAGAAGCCUUACAAGUCAUAUCCCACUAUCAUUGGGGAAGUUGUUAGCACUCGAAUCAUUAGAUCUCUCAUCAAAUAUGAUUGAAGGAAGCAUCCUUAUGCAAUUAAGGAAUCUGAUAUUUCUUGCGGUGUUAAAUCUUUCUCAAAACAAUCUCAUGGGACCGGUUCCUAAAGGAAAUCAGUUUGAUACUUUCACAAAUAAUUCCUACGUAGGUAACUUACGGUUUUGUGGGUUUCCAUUGUCAAAUGAAUGUGGCGAAAGUGAGGGAAGAGAACCUCCUCCGUCAAUAUUUGAUGAAGAUGAUGAUAAAGGAGGAGCAUUUACUUGGAAAUUUGCAAUGAUGGGAUAUGGAUGUGGACUUGUGUUGAGAUUGAGCAUGGGAUACAUUGUAUUCACAACAGGAAAACCAGCUUGGCUAGUGAAGAUAAUCCAGAGAGCCCCACACCAAAGAGUCAGAAGUGACCUAGUUGUCAAGAUGUUGGGGUUCUUUACUUCUGUAGGAUCUGCUAAAAUGAAAUGUUUGAAGUACAUAGAGGAAAUUCCAGAUUUCAUUACUGAAAGUUUCAGAUCAAUUCUUGAAAGUGAUUCAGUUAGAGCUAUUAAAUGGACUAAGUCCCCUGAUUUGGCUCCAUGGAAUUUGAGGAAUCAAGUGCUUCAUAUCCUUGUUUUGGCUAGUAAAGUUAAACAGUGGCAAAUUCAACACGCUAUUAGAUCUGGAAACACUAUUGCUGAUUCACUUGCCAAGCCCGGUGUUGGGGGGGAUCAAUAUCUGUUGUUACUUCACUCUGUUUAA